UCCCUUCCCACAAUGCUGUGCGGUGUGUGUAGACUCGGAGGGCGCAGACAUGUCUAAGCGGAGGGUGUUGGAGCUUUUCUAUGAUGUGGUCUCCCCGUAUUCCUGGUUGGGGUUUGAGGUCAUGUGCCGAUAUAAAAACAUAUGGAAUGUAGAUGUUCAGUUUCGUCCUGGACUCCUCGGGGCAAUAAUGCAAGGAACAGGUAAUACUCCACCUGCAAUGGUUCGAAAAAAAGGAAUAUACAUGCACUUUGACCUGAUGAGACAAGCUGAAUUCUGUGAUGUUCCUCUGAAAGAGCCAAGUGAUUUCGCUGAAGUAAUGUUUAACAAAGGAAGUCUCUCAGCCAUGCGCUUUAUCACGGCUGUUCAGAUGAUGCAUCCUGAAUUCUUAGAACCGGUUUCAAGGGAGCUUUGGAUGCGGAUCUGGUCUGAGGAUAAAGAUAUUACUGAACCAGAGAGCAUACUGGAGGCUGCUAAAAAAGCAGGCAUGUCGGACGACAUUGCUAAAAAGGUUUUGGCCAGCGUGUCUUCACCAGAGGUUAAGAACAAACUCAAGGAGAAUACUGAUAGUGCAUUAAAGUAUGGGGUAUUUGGUAUGCCUUCUAUUGUGGCUCACAUUAAUGGAAAGCCACAGCUGUACUUUGGAUCUGAUCGCUUUGAACUUUUAGCACACAAUCUAGGUGAAAAAUGGUAUGGACCAGUCCCUCAGAAGUCCCGUUUGUGAUGUCUAGAAAGAGAGAACACAAAAAUCCAAGAGCACUUGACCCGUGUUACCAAUGUAGCAUAGAGUGCCCACCACGGCAAUAUUUUGUAAAAUUGUAAUUAAAUUACUAAUGCUGUAAAUAUUUUAUACAAGUAAAUAUAAUUACCAUUAAUAAAAGGAAAUGCCUCUUUAAUACAAAGUUCA